AUGGGAAAUAUUUUGAAUAGAAUCAUUUUUAAUGGUCCUACUGAAGGAUAUUAUGAAAAAUUUGAUUUAGAUUUUAUUUAUAUUGAAACAGAGAAUAAUGAAAAGGUUGCAGCUCAUUUUAUUAAUAGAAAUGCACCUUUAACCAUUUUGUUUUGUCAUGGCAAUGGAGAAAACGUUUACAUGUUGUAUGACUAUUUUUAUGAGACAUCAAAAAUAUGGAAUGUUAAUGUGUUUUUAUAUGACUACUUAGGAUAUGGAGAAAGCACGGGGAAAGCCUCAGAAAAGAAUAUGUACUUAAGUGGAAAUGCAGUUUAUGAUUAUAUGGUAAAUACCUUAAAAAUAAACCCAAAUAGUAUUGUUUUAUAUGGAAAAUCUAUAGGCUCAUGUGCAGCUGUUGAUAUUGCCAUAAAAAGAAAAGUCAAAGGAUUAAUACUACAAAGUGCAAUAUUAUCCUUAUUAAAUAUAUGCUUUAAGACAAGAUUCAUAUUUCCUUUUGAUUCCUUUUGUAAUAUUAAAAAGAUUAAAAUGAUUCCUUGUUUUGUAUUUUUUAUUCAUGGAACGGAUGAUAAAAUUGUUCCCUUUUAUCAUGGAAUGUGCCUUUAUGAAAAGUGCAAAUUCAAAGUACAUCCUUAUUGGGUUGUCGAUGGAAAACAUAAUGAUAUUGAAUUAAUUGAAAAUGAAAAAUUCAAUGAAAAUAUAAAAUCUUUUUUAAAUUUUUUGUAUAAUUCAGAUUUAUAG